CACUCUGCUCCGUAAGAGGACUUUUGUGUUCAGCUGACUGCCUUGGAGGGCGGGAGUGUGGAUGGGUGUGUAACUUUGCCCAGUCUCAGAUGUGAGCGAGAAAGAAGGAGAAGGCAGUUAGAAAAAGAGAGAAGGGAAAACUUGCUUCACAGUGCACCUUUUAUCACCCACUACGAAGAAACCCACUUUUCUCUCUCGACUCUGUUGGAUGGAUGAAUUCCUAUGCGAACCAUUUUAAGGAACAGAUAAAUCUCCUCCACUUGGACGUUUUCAUUUGAGCAGAUGAUCAGCAUCGAGCGGCCCCCUCCAUUAGCAGCUGUCUGGAGUGGGAGAGAGCCUCCCUCAGCGGCCAUCAUGCCUCUGAGAGCCACUCAGACGCAGCAGCGGCUAAAUGGGAGAAGAAACAGAAGGAUGGAAAGGACCAAUCCUGGACAGCGCUCCAAAAAACUGGCCAUCAUCUCUCGAUCUCUACUUAUCUGCAGCUCCAGGAGCAGUGAUGACACCUCCAGCCCUGAAGAGAGGUACGGAUACAAGAACUGGAAAGAAGGGUACCAAGAAGACCCUCUGGAAUCCAAGUCUGGACAUAUGGAAAUGAAUUUCAGCAGGAGUGUUAGCCUACAGGGAUCAAAGUGGAGUGAGGAUCCCAAAAAGAACUUAAGAAGGUCCUUUUCUAUUAAGGAAAGCAGUUUCUGGAGAAUGUGCAUUGCCACCAGGGAGGAGUGCGGGCCACUCGGACCUCAAGUGGCUGAUAAUGACCUCCAGCUUGGUGACAAUAUAGUCACUGUUCAAAAAAAUGGAGGCCAAUUACACAGGGACACUUACAUCCACUAUGGCGAGAGGCUGGCCCCAUUUAAUGGGCAGGUUUUAAAUGGCCACACAAAACUCGAAUCAGAGAAAAAGCCAGCUAUGAGAACUGAACCCAAAACAACUAGUGCUGAGGUUUUCAGCUCAUAUGAAAACAGUGGCCUGCAACGGAAUUGCAAUUCAGCAGAUUCUGUAAUCUACAGGAAAGAAGUACUUGGAAACAAUGUUAACUUAAAGAAGCCCAUUAUAGAAGUAACAGAGGACAAUAAAAGCUGUGAAACAGAAGAUACUGAAGCAACAGCCUGCAAGAGGAAUCGUUCAAACUCUACAAGUGUUCACCCAUACUGGAUUGGAGAUUUGGAUGCCAUAAUUAUGAAGACACCAGAGCUGUUUCCCUGUCAGGUUCACAGUCCCACUGGCAUUUAUGGAAACAGGAAGUCUCUUUCUCAACAACUGGAGUUUCCUCCCAGCGUUCAACAGGUUGUACCAAGACCUUCUCGCUCACUCAGUUCAGCACAUCUGCUCCAUUCCAGCAGCAGUGUCCAGGCCUUCAUCAUCUGUAAUAUAGUAUUAAUGAAGGCACCUGGCAAGGGACUAGGUUUCAGUAUAGUGGGAGGCAGGGACAGUAUUUAUGGUCCAAUGGGAAUCUAUGUAAAGACCAUUUUUCCUGGUGGAGCAGCUGCAGCAGAUGGACGACUGCAUGAAGGAGAUGAGAUUCUGGAGCUGAAUGGAGAGUCCCUGCACGGUCUUACACAUGAAGAUGCUUUACAGAAGUUUAAACAAGUGAAGAAAGGUCUGCUGACGCUGGUAGUAAGGACCAGAUUGGGUGCUGUCGUUGGCAGUCAGACUCAGGUUGCCCAGCUAUGCCGGUCCAAGUCUCUCAGCUCCACUGCAGGUAUCAGCAGAGCCAGUGAUGAGCUAGCUGACUUCCCUAACUUGGGCUCUCAUGCCAAGCCCAGAGACCGCAUCAUGAUGGAAAUCAUUCUGCAGAAGGAAGUUGGUGUGGGCCUUGGUAUUGGGUUGUGCUGUGUUCCAUCUGCUGAAGGUGGUCCUGGAAUCUACAUUCACACACUGUCACCAGGUUCAGUGGCACAUAUGGAUGGCCGCUUAAGAUGUGGAGAUGAGAUUGUGGAGAUUAAUGACACUGUGGUUUGCAACAUGACACUCAAUGAUGUGUACACAGUUCUGAGUCAAUGCAACCCAGGGCCGAUUCAGCUCAUCAUCAGUCGUCACCGUGACCCUAAAGUUUCUGAACAGCAGCUGAAUGAGGCCAUUGCUCAGGCAGUAGAGAACAGCAAAUUGAAGAGAGACAAGAGUCACUGGAGUAUGGAGGGUCUGAGGAGGAUGGAACCAUGUUCACACAACAGGACAAAGUGUGAGCGCUGUAUGGAGCGAAGCCACAGCCAGAUGAGCUGCAGGCGAGCCCAGAAACCCAUGAUCCGUUCCUGCAGUGAGGGUGCAUAUAACCAGCGCAGUGCUCUAACUGGUGCCAACAUGAUGUCAUGUUGUCCCCAACACCAGAAUGUCACUCGCGUACAUAGCAUGGACGCCUCCAUAACAGCUAACUGUGAGGUUCUGACCAGCAGGAGGCCAUCCCCAAUUUCAUAUGCCAAUGACGACUACAAUGUGCCCUACAACUCUCAAAUGAACUUUCUCAGUCAUGAGAGGUUAGAUGCAGGUUUCGGGAGGACAAGGGGAAGACCUCGUUCACUGCCACGAAGGUAUUGUAGACGACAGGGCGUCACCAAUGAAGAGUCACUAACCGACACAAGUGGCUCUAGUGGAAGUUCGCCGGUGAAAGAGGAAGGUCCGUUGCCUUCACAAAGCUGCCAAUUGUUCUGCAGUAUAUACAAGGCUUUGAGAAAGAUCUCAAGGCUUCUGUUUAAGAAAGAAGUGGAUGAGCAUUCAGAAGAAGCUAAAGCAGCACACUUUGAACCUGCUACUUCAUAUACAGCUGAAAACAUACAUAGGGAGGGCAGACAACACCGAGACUCUCAGUCUUCCAAGCAGCUGUGUAGUCCAACUAGGAGAACCAGUCUGAGACACCAGGACUGUGUGGAGUUGCAUUCUGAACAGCAAGUUGACCCUUGGGUGAGACUAACAGACAGUCUUGAAAAGCGCCUGAACCUUCGAAAAAUCAUGAGUGACCAUAAUGGGAAUAAUGAGAUAAAUGGCACAGUCUCAGAGACCACGGAUCCCAUCUCUAGCUCAAAGUCAGAAGAAAAUACCGAUAUUAAAAAGGGGCCUCCAGUGGCUCCGAAACCUGCCUGGGUACGCCAAAGUCUUAGAAGUAUUAAGUCUGGGAGGUCGCCAGCUGAGGCCUUUAAAAAUCAAUCAAAAGGUCAAGAUACUGGAAGGACCUUUGGAGUUAGUCUAAGGUCAACUUCAUCAGCAGCAAAUCUAUCUUUCAAACAAAAGCUCAGCUCAUUUGAGACCUUUUCUAGCACUGAUGGAGCAGAGAGGACAAGCAGAAGACUGUCUGCAACAACAUCUCUUCCUCAGGCAGAAAAAAGUUCAGCUAGGUUUGAGAAAGCACAGCCUGUAGAGACCAGCAACACAUGGAAAAGUAGAACCAAUGUGAUUAACACUCAGGACAGUGACAAACCUUCUUCAGUGAUAAAUCCAGCUGCCACCACUGAAUCAUUAUCUGAAGAAGAUCAAGCAACCUCUAACAAAACAGAUUUCCAAAUCGAGAGCCUAAAAACAGAUAAAACAUCUGCUGCCGUAGAGCUAACUGGGGAUAACACCAACCCUCCAGAAGAGAUUCCUUCUUCUUUGGAAAAUGAGAUAGAAUCCAAUUUUACUCUGAAAGUUGAAACGGAAACAAGUCCGGCUCGGAAAGAUGAUGCGGAAACAAGUGCUGCUCAGAAAGAUGAAGAGGAAACCAGUCCUGCUGAGGAAGGCUCUCCGCCUCUUGAGCAUAUACCUAGAAGGUCCAGCAGUUCUAAAGAUCCUCCUACAGAAAAGCUACUUUCAGUGGAAGGUCACAGCAGUCACACUGCAAGUUUAAGAACCAGAAGUCUACCCCUGAACACCUCCUCUUUGCCAGAGGCCCACAGCCAAUGUAUUCUGGAAGGAGAAACCCUUAAGAUCAUCCUGUCAUUCAGCAACCAGGUGUCCCAUGCCCUAAUGCGUUCCAUGCAAUCCCUGCCCCAGUCCCCAUGCCUAAAGCUUGGUAAUCCAUGGAGUGCACCAUCUGGAUUGUCUCACAAUAACCCCAUAGAUGAGGACAUGUCUUCAUCUGAACCAUUACUCUCACCGGCACCAGACAGUGCUGAGAAGGGCUUCUCUGUGAGCCUGGCUGAGUUGAGAGAGCGCACUAUAGAGAGAGGGGAAGACAGUGAGAAGACUCACUGUGCAUCUGAACGACCUCUCACCACACCCUCAGCAGUGUGUGCCCAGUCUGUGAUCUCAGCACUUCCACAUCAGGAGAUCCAGCGGCUAAUCCAAGAGGUCAAGGAUCUUGAUGAUGACACCCUAAAGCAACUGGAAGACAUCCAUGUAGUGAUUCUGCACAAGGAGGAGGGAGUUGGCUUGGGUUUCAGUAUUGCUGGUGGUAUCGAUCAGAACAAAGCAACUACAGUUCACAAAAUCUUUCCUCAAGGCUUAGCUGCUCUGGAGGGUACCAUCGAGAAAGGAGACGAGGUGCUGUCUAUCAACGGACAGACACUGAAGAACGUGAAGCACAGCGAUGCUACAGCAGCACUCCGUCAGGCACGUGAAAUGAAGCAGGCGGUUGUGGUGGUGUGCAAGAGUAAGGAGGCUGAGAGUAGCACAGAUGCUAGCACAACCGCUACAGAGCAGAGCUUCACAGGAGAUGAAAGUGGAGAUGUCCUGACUCUAGAGUUGGAGAAAAAUGCAGGUGGAGUGGGUUUUGGACUGGAGGGAGGAAAAGGCUCUAUUCAUGGAGACAAACCUUUGGUCAUCAACAGACUCUACACAGGCAGUACAGCAGAGCAGAAGGGCCUACAAGUCGGGGAUGAGCUGCUGCAGGUCCAGGGCUCCACAACACAAGGCCUUUCACGUCUUGAUGCUUUGACUAUCCUCAAAGGUCUUCCUGAUGGAUCCUUCACAGCCAUAGUGAGAAGAAAGACAGCUGAACAAAGCUAAAUUCAGUACAGGCAGAUGAAAAGUGUAAAAGGACUGAAUUUUAGGAAACAGUCUUAAACACUUUUAGUAUCAAAUCGCACUUAUGCUGGAAUUUGCAAGCAGUUUUAAUAUUAGGAUUUUAUUUAUGUUGAUUGGGAUUAUUAUUAAAAAAAUCUUGAAUAUAGUUAAAGUAUUUCCUAUUAUAGGAUUGCAGUAAACCCAUUACAAGAUUAUUUAACCUAUUUCUAGACAUAUUGGAUGAAUAUCCUGCAAUUUUGCUCAUUUGAAGCACUUAUUUUCAGAAAGAUGUAAAAUGAUCUGCUAAUAGAAAAAAGAUUUAUGAGUAAAAAGGUCUACAAAUAAUAUGGGAUAAUAUUAUAGUUGUAAUUGUUUAUUUUAAUCUAAUAAAAGGACUUACUGGAUGAAUUUCACUAUAUUAAAAAUAAUGUAUCUUGAUCAGAAUGCACAUGGUUAGUGACUGCUGCAGACGGUUACUUUAAGGAAACAGCAUGCAGGGAUGUGAUUUUGAUACCGAAAUCAGGUUUUGAUUAAAAUAACAAAGACAUUACAGGAAGUUGGUGGUCAAGUGUAAUGAACUUAUUUUCAUAUUCAGUGCAUCACGAUGUCAGGUUUCAUUCUGCAGAUGUUCUUGACUGUUAGUAUAAAAGCAUGUAAUUCAACGGAAAUUUUAUCAGUAUUACUCUGUGUCUAAACGUGGCCCAUUUUGAUCUGCCCAUGACUUACAUUUUGACACUAAACCCUAGCUAUAAUACCCCAUUUAAUAUAUAAUUACUGAUAAUAAAUUUGUUUAACUGCAAAUGAAGCAUUCUUCAAAACGAAGCGUUUCAAAACAAAGCGCUUAUAAAGCAAAGAAUUAACAGCUUUGGGUUUUCUUAUAUAUUGUUAAUAUGUUUGAUUUUGAUUUUUUUAGUUGAUUUGUUAGGCAGUUCUUCCAGGAUUAUUAUAUUUUGUGAUCCUUGCAGGCAAAAAUAAUUGAUUUUGCUGCAAUUAUUUCCAAAUUUGUGAUGCCACUUGGAGAGAUUUUUGUGCUUCUUUUGCAGAGAACUACCUGAAUUGGCAAAAUUGCAAACACAAGAUUUUUCUGUUAAACUGCUAAGAGUGAAGACACUUUAGCUUUACUCAUGAGGGCGUUGGUUGAAUGUGUGUUGUGAUGAUGUCACACAACAUGUCUUGGCCCAAAUCUGCAAGAAAUCUGAGGUAAUUCUGAAAAAUUGCAAGCUCCUCUGAAUAUUAUGGAGUUUGUUUGAUGUUGCAUUAAAUUCUGCAACUGCAAAAUUGUGAAAUCCUGGAGGAAUUGGUUGGGCUUUAACGUCUACUUUUCAUCAGACACUGACAGCAGUCUGCUUCUGUCACUGAGAAUACUGAGAAUACUGGGGCUGACAAACAGUAGCUGCUCUGACAAAACCAGUUGGCCAUUAAGAGACAGUCAGUUACGAGUUGCCAUUAACCACGCCUACAAUAAACCAGCAAAGCCUAUCAAUGAUUUUCUAAUGGAUGCCAGAAUAUCCAUGUAAAAGAAGCCAUCCAUAUAGAACUGUGCUCACUAAACAACAGGGGAUAAGAAAAGAGGAAUAUUAUAUGAAAAUAUGAAUUAACUCUGUGCAUCUUCCAUGCCAUUUAUUCUUUUUUUUUUUUUUUGUAUUCCUGACUGGCCUAAUCCUAGAGCUAGAAAAUAAUCUAUAUAGAAACAACAUGUCCGCAUGAAUUAGUCCAAAGCUGCGAUUACAAUUUGUCCAAAACGAGUCAAGUUUGAUAUUUAGACAUACAGUAAGCUCUUUUUGUCUGCUUAAAUGAUUCCCAAACCCUUACUGGUGUUCAUUAUUAUUAUUUCUUUUUAUAUAUAUAUAUAUAUUUUCACAAUUUUAUCUAUGUGAAAACAUCUUAACAGAUUGACAUUUUUUGUUUGCUGAUGCACAGAAAUCUUGCCUUUGUACAGUAGUACAAACAUGGUCAGGGAUUCCUGGGAACUUGAUUCAAGUUUUCCUGUUUUGUUAAGAUUUGCACAAAAACUGUACAGUAAAGUAUAUACAAAAAUUUCUAUAGAAACUAAACAAGAGUAUUUGACCAGAUUCUAAAUAGAAUAGAUUUUGAAGUCACAAUAAUGUAAUGUUUUCCAAAUAUGUUUGCAAAAACCAAAGAUACAAUAUGUUUUUAUGGCCUGCCUUUGCAUUCAAUAUUUUAUGACUGAAUAGGAUUCAUGCCUCAUUACAAUAAAUGCCAUUUUAUUUAUUUAAGUUCUUAAAAGAAACAGAACAUCCGGUUUUAAUAUAAUUGAAAAGAAACGCUCACAUUAAUUAUUAUUUUUUUGUACAGAAUAAGUGACUAAUAUAUCAGAAAGCCCUGUUCAUACUGUUUAAAUCAUUAUUGUAUUAUUUUUUGUUCCCCCCAAAAUACCCUAAUAAAGUAAUCAACUACAAAACA